GAGUGGUUUUGAUGUGCUUGUGUUAUCGCAGAUUUGAGACGUAGAAACAUCUUUAUUGUCCUCCGCAUUCUCGCUCGCGGUAUCUGUUUUAUUUGCAACAUCGUUCGAUAACAAAUUUUUGUCAAUGGAACAUUCACUCUGGUCAUUGUCAGCAUUGUGGGUGAUAUCUUGGCUUGAAUCCAAAUCAAUCACCUCUUCGUCGGUAUCUUCGAUAGUGAUUGUAGAAUUCAUGGAAAUACUAUCAUCACUGGUACAAUACAUAUAGAUAAAACUGUUUUUUCGCAACACCCACUGGGUUUUCGCGUGAAAACUUGUUUCGCUUUACUUACUUAUUCACACCAAAAAAAUACGAUUGAUUCGAUGCUUUAGCCUCAUCCAGUCUCAUCCAAGAUCCGAGUUUCAAGAACGCAACAACAGCUUGAUGUAGGGGCGCUUCAAACUUGUGCUCAAUUGAGCACACUGAAAUUUUACUGAGUUUAUUAAUGGGGUGUAAAAGAAUACGUGAGGUGAAACUAAAUUCCUUUCUUUUCUUUAACUAUUAUUAAGUCCAAACACAUUUACUAAUCCAAAAAAUUUAAGUACUGAAAUAUCAAUUAAUAUUUUAUAAGAUUUUAUGCUACAGUAAAAUUCCAAUUUGUAUCCGUCGUGUUCAAAACUGAGGCAGUAACGGAUACAUAAUCAAAUAUGUCAGAUAAUUGAAGUAUGUACACUACAACUAAAAUAUAGUAAUUGAAGAAUUAAAAGAAUAUUUUUAGAGUACAAAAAUGUUCAAGGAAAUUGUCUGUAUCCUUUUCAAACCAAAGUCUUUGGUUAUAGCUACAAUGUUACAAAUGACUUCUGUCGAGUAAGUCCAGUUAGCUAAUUAAGAAUAUAUGUAUACAUACGUGUGUGGAAAAUGGCAUGAAAUCAGACAAUUUAACUGUUAAACAAUAUUCUGAGCAUAUAAUACUCUUCUGCAUCUACAUCGUCCAACAAAAAUUUAUUUAUUAUUACAAAUAUAGAAUACAGAUGAUCCUUGCCGUUUUGGCCAUAUGGUACCAUGUAAAUUCCGGCAUACAUCAUCUUUUUUCUAAAAUACUGCCACUACAGAUAGUAGGAAAACGCUCAAACAGCUCGUCAAAAUUAUCUACAGAUGAUAAAUGUUUGAAAAACGAGAUGUCGCUAGCAUGCUAAUACUAAAUGAAAUAGGUGGCGCCAUCAACAUAAUUGACAAAAUUAUUUACUGUUGCGUUCACUACAAUUGCAUUGCAAUUUGCAGUGGAGAGAAUGAUAUAUGAUCACUGACGACCCCAGAUGAGGGUAUAAUACCUCGUUUGUGGUGAAAUUAUAUCAGACUUAAAAAUGAUCUAAAUAUGCAAAAGAAUUUGAGGAAUAAACAAUUUUUAUCUAUUAUCGAAAACUCGAUAGAUACUCCUUUGUAUACUUGUGGAAUAUUUUUCUGUCAAAAAUAUUGUUAAGUGGUAUGCGAGUUAUCGUCUGUAUAUGGAAGUCGCUGAAGUUUGAAUUCACAUCGAUGUUUGACAUUCGCGUUGAUUACGAAUAAUUAAAAAAUUUAAAGGCUGAAAGUAAUUUAGUUUCGAAAGCAGUUUUGUUUAAAAACAGAUAUUUAUACUGCCAUCACAAUAACAUUGAAUGUAUAGUUUAAGGAGGGAACGAUAAAGAAUCUACAAAGAAAAAUACGUUGUAAAAUGGUUUGACGUAAUGUCGUAAAGGAUGAUAUAAAAUUGUAAAGUAACAAAAAAUUUAUAAAUCCAGAAACGAAUGAUAGUCUACGAUGCCAUUUUUAAAACCAAUUAAAAUAUCGUACACCAAACGUAAAGUAGACAUUUCUAAAAGAAAUGGUUGGCGGCACGCAAUUUUUGAUCUUAGAACUAAAUUACUUGUCAAAGGUUAUUACAAAGGAGAAUGGAUAAAUGAUAAAAAAGAAGGCUGGGGUAAUCAACUGGACAGGUAUAACAUUUUAAUGUUUCAAAUCCAUUAAACAUACCACAGAAAUGGCUUUAUAUACGAAGGCAAUUGGUCCAACGAUAAGAAACACGGUAUUGGUACUAUGAGUAAGAUUUACGGACCACCGGAAGACGGCACUAUUCGCAAACUUUACACUGGUCAAUGGGUGAAUGGAAAACGAAAUGGCUUUGGAUAUAGUUGGUACGAAGAUGAAAGCUAUUAUGAAGGUGACUUCUGUCAGAAUAAACGACACGGCUAUGGCCGUAUGUGGUAUUGCAAUGGAGAUUAUUAUGAAGGUUGCUGGAAGAAUAAUUUAUAUGAUGGCGAGGGAUUAUAUGUUAAAUAUAACGGGAAUAGGUAUAAGGGUGAGUUUGUUGCGGGCAAGAAAGAAGGACGUGGUGUAUUUUAUCACAUAAUCACAGGACAGAAACAGAGUGGUAUCUGGGUAAACAAUAUGUGCAUAAGUGGAACUAUGUCAGACAUCUAUUGGCGUCAGUCGGCUCCUCGUCCAACAUCAUAUCCUAUACCCAGAGUGGAAUUGGCAGAAGGCAAUGAAAUUGAAUACACGGGUGAAAUUGAUAGUGAUAAUAACGAUGAAAAAGAAAUACCGCCAUCGCCUACAUGCAAGAGACCACCGAAGACCAUAAUCCCAAACAUAUGCGUCUCAAUGAACACGUGUCGCUGCUUAGAGUCAGUUUUGUAAACAAGAACGUGUUGAAACUUACUUAUAUGAUUUAUUUUGGCAAAAGCGCCGCUGUUAUAUAUUCAUGUAUGAAUGUAACGUACGUAUAAACCGGCCGUUCGUAUUAAAUACAAAUUAUGUAUAAUUAAAUUGCCACUGCACAAUUAA